AUGGUGGCUUACAUUGACUCCCCUGGCAAUUGGGAAUAUACAUCUACUAAGCAUGGUUUGCGAGGCUUCAUGAAGACCGCCCGGCGAUCUAGCUGGGAACAGGGCAUUCGAAUCAUUUACGUCGCCCCUUGUUGGAUCAAGAGCGCUAUCCGAACUGCCGAGUACGAAAAGUGGCUCAUCGAUAGAGGGGUCGAAUUUGGCGAGCAGGAGGACGUCGCUGCUUGUAUGAUGAGAGUCGCCUGCGAUCGUUCAAUAAACGGCCGCUCGUUGAUGAUCACUCCUCGUUCACUUGCGAAGGAGGGCUUUAUGGACGUAGAUCGGGAAGAUUAUAGAGACAUGCAAGAGGAUGCGUAUAUGAAGAAAACACAAGAGUCACAACUUGUGAUUAUCGAAGACAAGUGGCUGGAUGAUUUCAAGGUCAGAGUCUAUAAAGACUAA